UUAAACAAUCUCGAGCUCUUCUUUAGUGUUGAUUUUGCAGUUCACACUAGAACCAUAUUAGUACUUAGCAACCUUAAUUAUGACAUUUUUACAAUAGACUUAGACUUCACCUUGAAGUAUGGGUUAUGCAGAUGUGUACUACCCAUAGUCAACGUGAGCCACCUACCAACACAAUUCACGCACUAUAAGUUUCCAAAGAGAUGCUGUGAUUUGUGUACACAAACACAAACACACACACACACACACACACACAAGAGACUAGGAAUUUUUAACAUCAACACACAAGAGACUAAGAAUUUUUAACAUCAACAUCUAAAGAAGAGACUGGGACUUCAGAUUUUCAGAAACAGAGUUGAAGCUGAAAAAUGGCAACAAUCCCUGAGGUGAGUUUGGGGACUUGUGGGGUGACCAUGACCAUGCCGGUAAUCGGAAUGGGCACAUGCUCAUAUCCUACUGCUGAUCCAGAAACCACUAUCUCAGCAAUUCUUGAUGCCAUCAAAGCAGGCUACCGCCACUUUGAUACCGCCUUUGUCUAUGGGUCCGAGAAGCCUCUGGGUGAAGCAAUUGCUGAAGCUUUACGUCUGGAUCUCAUCAAAUCUCGUGAUGAGCUCUUCAUCACCACCAAGCUCUUUGGCAGCUUCGCUGAGCGUGAUCUCGUUGUUCCUGCCAUCAAAAUGAGCCUCAAGAACCUUCAGUUGGACUACGUUGAUAUGUAUCUGAUACAUUGGCCACUGAGGCUGAGCCAACAGAUUCGUCAAACCCCAGUUCCAAAAGAAUUUAUAUUUCCCUUGGAUAUCCCAUCAGUGUGGGAAGGUAUGGAAGAGUGUCAGCAAUUGGGUCUCACCAAGGCCAUUGGUGUCAGUAAUUUCUCUUGUAAGAAGCUUGAGGAGCUCCUCUCAAUUGCCAAAAUCCCACCCGCUGUCAAUCAAGUGGAGAUGAAUCCAAUUUGGCAGCAGAAGCAACUGAGAGGUUUCUGUGAGAAAAAGGGUAUUCACAUAACAGCUUACUCUCCUUUGGGUGCAAAGGGGACCAAAUGGGGAGAUAACAGAGUUAUGGACUGUGAUGUGCUGGAAGAGAUUGCCAAGGCAAGAGGGAAGACCACUGCCCAGGUUUCUUUAAGAUGGGUGUAUGAACAAGGGGUGAGUUUGGUAACAAAGAGUUUCAACAAGGAGAGGAUGAGGCAAAACCUUGAGAUAUUUGAUUGGUCCUUGACUGAUGAAGAAUUAGAGAAGAUCGCUCAGCUUCCUCAGCGCAAAGUCAACCUGAUUGCCUCCGUUUUGGGACCCCAUGAUUUGUUGAUGGAGCUUGAUGCAGAGAUCUAAGUGGCUUGAGCUUUUGGCUUCUAUAUAUCAAGCAGACGUACUAUAGAGUUCAAAUCCAAUCAGCUAUUAUUGUCUCUGGAAAAAUGUAUACUUUUCCUAAUAAUGUUUAAUGAAAAUGAUAAGGGAUCAGAAGCACAAACUACAUUCUUAAAAGGCGGUAUCUAUGUGCCAAAUUUUAAAUAUUGUAUUUUGUUUUUAUUUUUCUUAUAUUGAGGGGCAUCCCCACCACUUGGAUAGGAGUAAUCCCCCUGAGCUACAUGCAAAGGCCCCAAAGCAUGUGAGUAGGGACUAGCCCCAAGUGAGAAAUGGAUCCCAUGACCUUGAGUCAACUGUUUUACCCUUUAAGAUCUAUGGUACUGUAUGUUAGAUAACAAUAAUUGCAGCAAUCUUUUCCUUUA